GGCAAAACAUAGACAGAGCGCGGAACCAAGCCAAGCUAGUAAUAGUGCCAGUACUGUACUAUCGUGUACGGUAUGCAUGUGGGACAAGUAUAACUGCAUUAUUAUAUUUAUAUACGUAAAAAAAAGACGAAAUGCAAUAGUGUAGUGUGAUCAUUGAUUUAUAUCAACGAAAUAUGGCUUCACUUUCAAGACCUACAAUGAAUAAAGUUUGUUGUUAUGCACAUCCAGAAGCUCCAUUAGUAGAAGACUAUAGAGCUGGAGAUCAAAUCUGCUCUGAAUGUGGAUUAGUUGUAGGAGACAGAGUUAUAGAUGUAGGAUCAGAAUGGAGGACAUUUAGCAAUGAAAAAGGAGGAACUGAUCCAUCUCGUGUUGGUGGACCAGAAAAUCCACUACUCAAUGGAUCUGACUUAUCCACAAUAAUAGGUCCUGGUACAGGAGCAGCAUCCUUCAAUGAAUUUGGUGUGUCAAAGUACCAAAAUAGGCGAACGAUGAGCAGUUCAGAUAGAACACUAAUUAAUGCAAUGAAGGAGAUUAGCGCAAUGGCUGAUAGAAUCAAUCUGCCUAAAACCAUAAAUGACAGAGCAGCUGGCUUAUUCAAACAAGUGCAUGAUGGCAAAAAUUUGAAAGGCCGUGCUAAUGAUGCCAUUGCUUCUGCAUGUUUGUACAUUGCUUGCCGUCAGGAAGGAGUACCACGUACUUUUAAAGAAAUUUGUGCAGUUAGUAAAAUAAGUAAAAAAGAAAUUGGUCGCUGCUUCAAACUUAUUCUCAAAGCCCUUGAAACUAGUGUGGAUCUCAUCACUACAGGAGACUUCAUGUCUCGAUUUUGCUGUAACCUGGGUUUACCUAAUUCAGUACAAAGAGCAGCAACAUACAUUGCAAAAAAAGCAGUAGAAAUGGACAUUGUACCAGGCAGAUCACCUAUUUCAGUAACUGCAGCAGCAAUCUACAUGGCAUCACAAGCUUCGGAAGACAAGAAAUCACAAAAAGAAAUUGGUGAUAUUGCUGGAGUUGCUGAUGUCACAAUAAGACAAUCUUACAAGCUUAUGUUUCCACAUGCAGCGAGUUUGUUCCCAACUGACUUUAAAUUUACUACUCCUAUUGACCAAUUGCCACAAAUGUAAAAAGGACAUUGGUAUUUUUGUGUUGUGGCACACUUUUUCCUAUAUUUUUAAUUAUUUUCUGCCAAGUACCAAAAUGUAGGAAUGAGAACUGAUACUUUAACUAUUAUCAAAGUACUAUUCUUACAAUUUAUUAAGUGACCUUGCUAGAAUAGCCAUAGUUUUUUUAUACUUCAAAGUGAUCAAUCAUAAUAUCAUAUUGUCAGACUACUGCAAUCAGCUGACAUUCCUAAAUUCAUUGAUUCCUUAUAUAUCCUUAGUAAGGGCAGAAAAUUUGUUUUUCUUUGUUUAGUCGCAAUUAUAUAGAUUUUUUUAUUUUGCACUUACCAUUUAUUUUUCUUUUUUUGUUGGAAAUCUAUACGAUUUUCAGUAAGAGUUUUUAUGUUCUUCAAUAUUAUUAAUUAUAGCAGUGACUAAACUUUUACUGAGUUGAUGUAAACGAAUUUGCGAAUCUUUUACAAAAAUUAAUUAAUGUGGUAAGACAUUAAUAUAAUAAGCCUGCCAAUAGAUGCAGUAUUUAUACCAAACAGAAGUAAAAUUACGUAAAAUUAUUUUAUGAAAUAUUUCAUCACAAUUAUGUACAAAGCGUGUUAUUGUAGUAGAGGUUUGUAAAAAUGAAAAAUGCAAUAAAAAGCAUAUAUGACUGUUUUGAAUUAUUUACUACUUUAUCAACAUUACGGUUCAUAAUCCUGAUGUUAAAAAACAAAUUGUACUAGUACUGUAUUAGCAAAAUUAUAUGAAAAAACAGUCAUAAUAAUCUGUCAUU